CACCCCUGUCAUUGUUUGACAUACGGCAUUUCGCCGUCAGGUGUGAAAAUUAUAUUUUCACAUUAUUGAAGAAAUAACAAUUUGUUUUAUUUUGUGGAUAUUGUUAAAAAAUCGCUGAUAUUAUCCGAAAAGGCAGAAAUGGAAAAGUCGAAGGCGAAAGUUACGACAGAGGAUAUUGCUGAUGGCGAAGUUGCUGGCAUCAAAAAUGAUGGUUUUACUAAAGGAACUGUUGAUGGUGAACCGAAAAGCAAAGUAGCAAAGCUUAGCUCAGCAGAAAAUAUCAAAGCUGACCUAACACUUAAUCAUUCAUACACAACACCAACAUUUACAGCGCAGCUAAAGGCAGAAUGGAGCUCACAAGAGAAACAAGACUUUCACGAUGUGACAACGGAUGUUAAAGUUUUUAAAGAUCCCUUUCAAGUAUGCCUGCUACCCGAUCUGCUACAAAACAAAAUUACUUGUCGACAACUUGUUGACGAAAUGGUGCAGAAAGUGCAAUGGUCACGCAAACAAAUGGAUUUGUACGAAUUCUAUCAAAGUACAGACUUGUCUAAUAUGGCUAGUUGUAAAUUAUUAACAAGUUUCUUACAAAUGCUAAGACGCACCGUGCGACCGUGGCUAGAGGCUUUGACAGGCCUAAAAUUAGAUUAUGUUUCUGCGUCUUGCUCUAUGUAUACUUGCGGCGAUUACCUAUUGGUGCACGAUGACUUACUGAAAGACCGACAAAUAGCUUUCAUAUACUACUUAUCACCUUGGGAGAAUGCGGAACAGUGGCGUGAAGAACAAGGAGGUUGUUUGGAACUCUUCAACAGUGAUGAACAUGGUUUUCCAUUAUUCCCCGUGAAGCGAAAAAUUUCACCUAAAAAUAACCAAUUUGCCUUUUUCAAAGUCGGCGCGCGUUCAUUUCAUCAAGUAGGCGAAGUCACAUCGUUCGACUAUCCACGUCUUACUAUAAACGGCUGGUUCCAUGGCGCGUCUAAUGAUGACUUAAUCGCCGAUAUAAUGCGUCCAUUUGAAAAACAAGAAUUCACAACACCCGUAAAUAAGCUACCCAUCAAUAUCAGUGAACUCUUAAACGAGGUAUACUUGAAAGCGCAAACCAAAAAAAGCAUACAAAAACGCAUCGAAGACAAUUCGGAGAUUUGUUUAUACGAGUUUUUAAGGCGUGAAAUUUUCGAACAAGCGCUCGAACAGUUAUUGCACGAUGAUACAUUGAAAUGGCGUCGCGAAGGACCAGCGAAUGCGCACAAUUACGAAGUGCUCGAAUUGGAUACGGCCAAUAAUGCGAUAUCACGUUUGAUUUCACUUUUUUCAAGCACCGAAAUGUUUGCCUUACUACGUGACUACACCGAUCUGGACUUGGCUGGACCAAAUGCAGCUGAGCCAACAUAUAAUCUGCAGCUACAACGUUGGUCACACGGCAACUACACGGUGCUCGGUGACGGCGCCAUAUGCGAGGAGAACACAUUGGACUUAAUCUAUUACCUUAAUGCAAGUGAAGGCGCUGCUAUUGUUACCUAUCUCUCGCCUGAAGCGGAUGAACCGCUGCCAAAGCAACGAAAUGCAGGUUCAGAUUAUGAUGAUAUGGAUUUCGAUGAAGAGGACGAUGACUCUGUACUCUUAACAAUUACACCAGUGGAUAAUGCGCUGAAUAUUGUUUAUCGUUGUGAAGGCACGACGAAGUUUACCAAAUAUGUCUCGCGUAAUACGCCGCUGGAAAGAGGGCCGGUCUACGUGAUUUCUUGCAGUUACAAAGAAUAGUGCAGAGCGCUAAUCAACGAUUUCUAAGCGACGACGCACAAUUAUCUUUAGUCAUAUGAAUUAUCGAUAUGAUAACAGUAAUUAUAUUUCUGUUGUACAACAAAUGUUUUGUGUGUUGUGUUACAUUGAAAGAAUGGCACAUAGUACCGUAUAACGGUGCAUGAAAAUCAUAAUGCAGCAUGCAAGAACUCUUGAAAGCAAGCAAAACACAGUUUAUACCUCCUAUUAAUUAUUUUGUUAAAAUUUAAUUAUUUAAUGCAGAAAUAAUAAAAUAAAAAUGUAUUAGUUGUUCCAAAUGACCAAA